AUGGUAACCAAUUUAGUGGAAGUUCAAAAAGAGACGACACAUCGGCCAAAACAAAGUGUUAAUUUACCCACAACCUCGUCAUUAGAGUCUGCUUUAACUACCCUAGAGUCGAAAAGUCCCGUCAAUUUAACACCGAUUACCAAUUUCUUUCGACAAGAAUUUAUAUCACGUUUUGCGGUAAUUGAGAACUGGUAUGCUAGCACUUGGUUGCAUAGACAACUGGUGCGUCUCGGCAUACCAGAACUUUACUUGUCAGUCACGAUUGCCAUAAGUAUACUGAUGGUCACGCGACACCUUUACAAAAGAUCUCUUUAUCUUUUUUCCAACUUGGUGGGAGUUGUAUAUCCUGCUUGUCGCUCGAUAAAGGUCUUGGACGAAGUGACGGCAAAUCAAAUGGAUAAUGCAGAAAAUAUCGCUGAGCAAAAGCAAUGGCUCACUUAUUGGACCAUUUAUGGGUGUAUUCAAAUCGUUGACAAUUGGUCGAAAUGGUUCUUGGAAUUGUUCCCAGGAUAUAAUUUUUUCAAAUUAGUCUUUUUAUAUUGGGCGCAACAUGACCGAUCCAAAGGAGCCAGUGUUAUUUUCGAGCAUGUUAUUAAACCUCUGAUACAUAAUCCAUCAUCGAAUGUAAAGAGAGAAAUGAAAGCAAGACAACGACAACGACAAAAUCCACAAGAUCAGAUACGAAAAUCCCUGGAAAAUAUUUCUUCUAAUGUGGUUCCUGCAGCUUCAGGUGGGGUUAAUGGUGGUGGGGCGUCGGUUCCUGGUACUAUUACCCCUCCUUCUUAUCCUGAAACUUCCUCUGAAGAAAUAGAUAUUUGGCAGCGUGGCUAUUCUGAAGUAAAUGAGGGUGAGGUGAAGCCUUAUAGGUUGAAUAAUGAUCUGUAA